UAGGUGUCGGCAUCCACCACUAACGUAUGUUUGUGGACUUCCGUAAUACCAUAGACGAAGAUUCGUUUGCUGCUUGUUUAUUCCGUUGGUGAUAGCUAUAUAACGGAGUAAAAACGUGUCCACACGGUCUAUUUCAAAGACCGUUGGCAGAUUUUUUUCGUUCUUGUCUACUCAUCCACCAUCCGUCUCGUCAUUGCAUCCUCACAAAUGGCUGAUCCCAAAUACGCCAACUUGCCUGGAAUUGCGUCCAACGAGCCAGAUGUAUAUGAGACCAGCGAGCUGCCAGAAGAUGACCAGGCACAGUUUGAGUCGGAGCUGGAAGAGCUGUGCAGUGACAGUGUGGAGAGGAUCGUGGUCAACCCUAAUGCAGCUUACGACAAGUUCAAGGACAAACGCGUCAGUACUAAAGGAAUCGACUUCUCAGACUGUAUCAGUAAGAACAAAAGAGUGGGCUAUGAGUCUGGAGAAUAUGAGAUUUUGGCAGAGGGCUGUGGGGUGAAGGAAACCCCCCAGCAGAAGUACCAGCGGCUGGUCAAUGAGAUCCAGGAGCUCAGUCAUGAGGUGGAAACCAUCCAGGCGACCACGAAGGAUAGCAGUGCAGAGGAGCGUCUGACCCCAGUAGUCCUAGCCCAGCAAGCUGCCCAGCUCAAACAGCAGCUGGUCUCUGCCCACCUGGACACUCUGCUGGGACCACAGGCAUAUAUCAACCUAGCUGACCCAGACAGAGCACUGGCCAAGCGUCUGCUAACCCAGCUGGAGGCAGCGAGGAGCAGUAGGAGGAGUACAGGGGAGGGGAAGGCCUCAGCAGCAUCUAAAGCUCCCGAUGGUGUGGUGCUCUAUGAGCUGCACAGCCGGCCAGAGCAGGAGAAGUUCACAGACGCUGCCAAGAUGGCAGAGCUGGAGAAGCGGCUUGCAGAGCUGGAGACUGCUGUGGGCUCUGGAUCAGACAAACUGGGUCCUCUGAGUGCUGGGGUGCAGGGAGGCAGUCUCAUGGACACCAUGGAGCUGCUGCAGGCGCGGGUCAGUGCUCUGGACUCAGCCACUCUGGACCAGAUAGAGGCCAGACUGCAGAGUGUCCUGGGGAAGAUGAAUGAGAUUGCAAAGCACAAGGCAGCCAUCGAAGAUGCUGAUACACAAAACAAGGUGUCUCAGCUGUAUGACGUGGUGCAGAAGUGGGACGCCAUGGCAACCUCUCUGCCUCAGGUGGUGCAGAGGCUCCUGGCUGUCAAAGAGUUGCAUGAAGAAGCCAUGCAGUUUGGUCAGCUGCUGACCCACCUGGACACCACCCAGCAGAUGAUCAACAACUCUCUGAAGGACAACGGAACACUGCUCUCACAGGUAGGAAACACUACGACACUCACCACUUUCACACUGCUGUGGGACACAUUUCACACUGCUCUCACAGAUUGGUAGGACUGCUGCUGGGAC